GGCCGUGGGGCGCGCGUGGCCCGGGUGGCUGCGGACAGCAACGGUGAGACUGCGGCUCAAGCUGAAAAUGGAAAGGGGCUGGGAAUGCAGAAUAUUCAUCCUUGAAUGAUGCAGGCCACUACACUGAUGGAGACAGCUUCUGGUAAAGGCUGUCACAGUAAUAGAGGAAACCUUCAAAGAGAUCUAUCUUCUAAUUCUAAGAAAUCUUCCAGUGGUUGUAAUGAAGUCAAACCAAUUUAUCCCGAUGAUGAAUGGGAUUCCUUGGCGCUAGAACAAGGAGCUAAUGACAGAGAAAUCAGUAAUAAUAACACAAGUUCAUUGGUGUCAUCUUUUUCAGAAGAUCAUGACCCUAGUAUACAGAGUGCUCACUGUCAGUCGAGUGAGUUGGAAGACAGUAUUGGCUGUGCUUUUUUGAAUAAAACAUACUGUAUAUAUUAUUCAGAGUCACAGCUGAAGAAUGAAAACACAACUAAUUUAAGUUCAGAAUUAGAUCCUGAAAUGGAAAAAAGUGAGGAAGUAUUUUUUGAUAUUUUGGAACCUCAAGAUAAUAGGACUAUUGCCUUGGAAAGAAUUUUUAAGAUUUCAGAUGCUGACCCCGAAGAAACUGCUGAAGAAAUGCAGAAGUAUGAUAUAGAUGAAGACUCACAGCAAGAAUAUCACAGUGCAGAAGAACAAGAAUAUAUAAGCAACAGUUUACCUUUUGUCCAAGCAAAAACGUUAAGUACAUCUAAUCUGGAAGUUGCUGAACUAAGAAAUUCAGGUUGUGAAGUUAAAUGUGCUAGCAAUCUAGAAGACAAUCACAUUAAAUUGGAGACUAGUUCUGUUAUCUCUUCAGAUUCACUUAAUGUUUUUGCACAAGAAUAUGCACCCUGUAUCUCUAAAUUUCAGAAUUGUGAUCUGUUAAAAGACUAUUACGAGCCAAAGCAUGAAAAGUGUAAGGAACAAGAGACUAGUUCAGUGUAUCCCAUAGUAUUUGAUGACAUUGUACAGAAAAGUAAUUCUCUUGAAAAUGAAUCUCAGUCUAAAAAUGAUUUCUUGAACCCUCAAAAAACUGAAAUAUAUACUGAAAAAAUGAAAUCUGAGAUUUUUGAAAGUAAAGAUUUUUGUGGAAAUGUGAUUGUCAAGAACAGAAUCUCACAGCACCUUCAAAAUUCUAGCACGUUGCCCCAGGACAAAACUUUAGAGACACUACAGCAAUCUUGUAAGAAUUGUCAAACUUCCUGGUCCUCUAUUUUUGAUGACUCUGUCAUCUCUGCAUGUGGAUGUUCACAUUAUAAAAGCCUACAAAGCACGCCCAACCCAGCCUCAAGUUUUUCCGCUGCACCACCAAAGAUUGCUGUAAGAAACGAUCAGGUGCUCAAAGAAGAUUGCUCCCUAAAAGCUGUAGAUGGCAAAAAUGUGAAUAAAACAUACUCUGAGGGUGAGAAAAGAACAUGCCCUACAUCAGUGAGAGAUGCGGCAGGUUGUACAAUCACAGUUCAUCAGACAGUGGAUGUUAGCACGGAUUUUAGAGCUUGUUUCACAACCACCAGAGCAACAAAUGCAAGACCUUCUGUAGUAUCUACAUCAAGCAACACAGAGGUAACAAUGAUGAGCAGAAAGCGGCCCAGCAAAUGGCAAAGUGAAAAACAAAGUGUGGCUUGUAACACGGAUUGGUCAUACGGUCAAGAUGGUGUCGAUAUACCAGUGGGUGUAACAAAAGGAGCAGGAAAAUCUCUCUCAGUUGACAGUAAAAAACCCGAUGGAAAUUUCCAAAAUAAGGAUUCCCCGGAAUUUAAAACAUGCGAUAACACAGACUUACAGAAACAUCCUGAGAGGGAGCUUCAAUUUUCUGAAGAGAUGGUGAAGGAUUUGCCAUCAAAGUGCUGUAAAAAAAUAAUGCAGAGAGCUAUAGAAGCAGAGAUGCACCUUUUAAAUGUUCACUAUCAGAUGUGCCAUCGCCACUGUUGUGAUAUUUACAAACUUGUCAUGGAAAGUAAAGGAUUAAACAGGAAUUUACCAAGUAAUUCUGCUAAGAAGGAAUUAGGAUCAGCACUGCUCUCUGUUUUGGGAGACUUAAAAGUUAGAUACAUGAAUCUAAAAGAAAAAAUACACAAGGGCAUACCAUUGGAAGAGCUGCCACCACUGUCAGUAGAAUCAAAAUUAUUAACUACCUUCUCUACUUUUGUUUCCAGGCUAAUGAAAGAAGAAUCACAUGCCUUUUCAGGAGCAGAUUCUGAAGUAGGUAAUCAAACUGCAUCUGAUGGUGACGUUUCUUCAAGCCUAAAGAAGGCACACUCUCAAGUGUCUUUAUUAUCUGGCAGUAGUCAUCCUAAACAAGAUACAUCACACAAAACAGAUGUUUUAAAAAAUGGUGGUAUCAAUGUAGACUUCAGUCAACUAAAACUUGAUGAUAAAGAGUGCAGAAAUGACCAUGAAAUCAGUGAAGACUGGUUUGAUGCUAAAGAGAACAUGACAGGAGUUGACUCCUCAGGAACAGAAGAAAAUCAAAUAAAUCAUGACAGACGGAAUCUGAAGUUUACAGUAGAAAUGAAGAAUUACAAAGAAAUACAAAGAGAUAAAGGAUUUUUGAUACAUGUUGGUGGUCUCUGCCCUUCAGUAUCUGAGGCUGAUUUGAGGUCUUACUUCCACAAAUACCACAUUUCUGAAAUCUCAAUUUGUGAUUCUUCUACUAAUUACAGAUAUGCAUCUCUUGCUUUUAAGAAAAAUCAUGAUGCAAAGAUGGCUGUGGAAGAAAUGAAUGGGAUAGAAAUAAAUGGAAAAUCAGUAAAUGUACGGCUUGUUAAAUCUCAUGGAGAGUGUACAUCACCAUUUUCCUCAAAAAAAAUUUUGAAUAAUUUGGAGAAAAGUACCAACAAAGAAAUCAGUGCAGCCCCCUCUGUUUCUACAUUGUCCAGAACAAGGCCAAGGCAGAUGGUGUCAGAGCAAGAUAGUGAGCUUUCACCUUUGGAGCAGGAUGCCAAGAAGAAUUGUAAACAGAUUGAAUCUGCUCAGUUAGUACCAAAAACCCCUGUUCAGUUCAUACCUGCAAAUACAUUGAACCUUAGUAGCUUUACCAAGAUCAUAAAAAGACUGGCUGAACUGCAUCCAGAAGUCAGCAGAGACGAUAUUAUAGAUGCUCUUCAGGAAGUGAGAAUGAAUCGUAAAGGUUUUCUCAAUGGCUUAUCUAUUAGCACUAUUGUGGAAAUGACUUCAUCUGUUCUGAAAAACUCUACUCCCCAUCAGGAGUAAACAGAACAAAGAGUUUCCUUGGAAAGAAUGAGUGUCCAUCUCCGGAAAAUGUUCUGCAGCACAUAAGAAGAAGUUGUGGUAAAGCAAGAUUGAUAUAAUUAAGUAGAUUCUAUAGGAGGACUUACUGUUAAUUAUUCCGCUUUAUAGCUCUCCUAAAAUCUAGCAACACAUGUAUAUAAUAAAAUCUCUACAUAAAAAUUACAGUACAAUUUAAUGGGUUUAUAAACUUUAUUUCAAAUUUGUUUAAGGACUUCAAGCUGCAUAUUUUGAACUAGAAAAAAAAUUUGUCAUGUCUAUUUAAAAAAAUUCUUUGUUAAGUAAAUUUUUAAAAAUAUAUUGGCCAGGAGGUUUGUUGUUAUGGUUUCACAGUUCAUUAAAUGGUUUCCAUACCUAAUCU